AUGAAUAUCAACGAGCCUCAGCAGGGAACUGGCAUCGUACUACCAUUCUUCAACAAGCGUGAGAGAUCAUCUGUUGGGGGACCUGUGAAAAGUAGGACGAGCUCCCUAAAAUCAAAUCGUCUCCCAUUCAUCGGCUGGAUACCAGGUACCGCUCGAAACCAUCUUGUCGCUACCAUAGCAGAAUUCACUGGCACGACGAUGUUUCUCAUGUUCGCCUUCGCAGGGACUCAAGUAGCGCUCCUCGCUCAUCCCGCGCAGCCAAAUGUCAUUGGAGCCGUCAGCGACGUCAACCAGCUCCUCUACAUCUCGCUGUGUUUUGGAUUCUCUCUUGCCGUCAAUGCUUGGGUAUUCUUCCGCAUCAGCGGAGGACUGUUCAACCCAGCUGUGACGCUCGGAAUGUGUCUCGUCGGAGCUCUGCCGUAUAUACGCGGAGCAUGUCUUACCUUCGCCCAGAUCCUAGGCGGCAUCACCGCAGCUGCGAUCGUCUCUGCACUGCUCCCAGGUCCGCUCACGGUCCGUACCGGUCUGGGUGGGGGCACAAGCGUCGUGCAAGGGCUAUUCAUCGAGAUGUUCUUGACAGCUCUACUCGUCUUCACCAUUUUCAUGUUAGCAGCGGAGAAACACAAGGGAACGUUCAUUGCCCCCAUCGGCAUCGGACUCGCUCUCUUCAUUGCCGAGCUGAUGGGCGUCUACUACACAGGCGGCUCCGUAAACCCCGCCCGCUCCUUCGGACCCUCAGUCGUGAGCCGUGAAUUCCACUCCUACCACUGGAUCUACUGGGUCGGCCCCAUCCUCGGCUCCAUCGUCGCCUCAGGCUUCUACCUCCUGAUGAAGAUGCUCGAGUACGAGACCGCCAACCCCGGACAGGAUAGCGCCGUGCCCGAGGGCGAGCGCUUCAACCCAGACCUCGAGCGCGGCAGCACCGCCCGGGUUUCCUUCGCGCCCGGGGACUACGCCAUCGCCACCAAACCUGCUGCUGCUGCGGCGGCGGCGGCGGCGGCGGACGGCCGGCACGGCGCCCCGAAGGAAUACGGGACUGCCAGCCGACCGUUCAGCGAUAGUCCCGCGCCGCCGCACCCCAACGACCAGUAUUGCGGGCUGGCGGACGACAGUACGCACGGUCACGAGGUUUUCAAGCCGCUGCAUGCUAGCGCGUCGGAUAUGACGCUGACGUCGUCGAUCUCGAUCCCGGGCUCGCCGACGAGGAUCAUGAUGCCGCCCGGGCAGCCGGCGCACAAGUCGGCGAUCAAGCCUGGGAGUAGAGGCCAGGGGGGAACGGCGCAUGAGAGUUCCAUGAGGUCGAAUACGUAUCAGAACCGCAUCAUGGCGGCUGGGAACCAUGACAGUGAGGAGUUUGGUGAGAAGGAUUGA